AUGGAAAACUCACAUGUCAAGCACAGUUACAAAAAGAAAGAGGACAAGAACACUACAGGCUUUCCUUCAGUUCGCCUGGGAAGUACGAAAAAAACCAAUUAUACCGUACAUUGUCGACGAAAUAAAGGAAAAAAUGACCAUCUUGAAAGGCUUCAUGACGAUCUGGAAGAUCAGGUCAUUUGCAUGGAAGUGGACUAUGUCUGUGUACCCCAUCAGGACAACUGUACCUUUUUUAUGAAAGACCUUGCACUAUUAAAAUUAAAAGAACCGGUCAAUUUUACAAGGUAUAUUCGCCCAAUCUGCCUUCCUCAACACUGCGAAGAACCGCCUUCAGAUGCCAGCAUCUACGGUGCGGGCUGGGGCAUGGCUUAUGACUAUCUACCUGUUUCCGAUGAGAUGGAUGAAUCAUUAAACGAACCACAUGAAGACCUUAAAAAUUUUGUGGAUUAUGAGAGUUCAGCAGAAGAAACGAGGGAUGCGUCACCACGGAAACGGAAGGGCAUUUUCUUACCUUUUCUCCCAGAAAACUUGAGGGAAAGAAAUAUAUCCUUAAUUACUAACCAACAGUGCGAACGACAGCUUCGACAUCUUACCCCAACUGUUCCAAAGUACGUCAUAUGCUCCGAAGAGGGAAUGUGCAUAGGAGACAGCGGAGGACCGUUUAUGUAUGAAAAAGAAGGACAAUGGUUCCUUGCUGCUAUUCACUCUGUAAACGAAGCAUGCGACUCUCCUUCUCUGCCAUCACACCAUAUUAGGGUGUCACAUUUUGUUCAAAGUUUUAUUUUACCCGUCAUGCAGGAUCCGGAAUCAACGAAACAUAACUUUUGUAUGACGGACGAGGCUCGAAAGGAAUGUGUAACUACAUUUUAUAAGUCUUACAACGUGACAUUCAAUAGAUGA